GGCGUGGGAAAGAGCCGCGAGGAGCCAAAAACCGGAGCCGCGCCUGCCUGGGCCCAGUGAGGGAGGGAGGAGGCAGGCAGGGUGGGCGCUACGCGCCGCUCGGAGUCUGUGGCUCCGGCCGGGCUGCGACCCGCGCCGUCUUUGCCGCGAUGAAGCGCCCAUGCGAGGAGACGACCUCUGAGAGCGACAUGGACGAGACCAUCGACGUGGGAAGCGAGAACAAUUACUCGGGGCAAAGUACUAGCUCUGUGAUUAGAUCAAAUUCUCCAACAACAACAUCUCAGAUUAUGGCAAGGAAGAAAAGGAGAGGGAUAAUAGAGAAAAGGCGUCGAGAUCGGAUAAAUAACAGUUUAUCUGAGUUAAGACGACUGGUGCCAACCGCUUUUGAAAAACAAGGAUCUGCAAAGUUAGAAAAAGCCGAAAUAUUGCAAAUGACCGUGGAUCAUUUGAAGAUGCUUCAGGCAACUGGGGGUAAAGGCUACUUUGAUGCACAUGCUCUUGCCAUGGACUUCAUGAGCAUUGGAUUCCGAGAGUGCUUAACGGAAGUGGCGAGGUACCUGAGCUCGGUGGAAGGCCUGGACUCCUCAGAUCCACUGCGGGUGCGACUGGUUUCUCAUCUCAGCACGUGUGCCUCGCAGCGGGAGGCGGCAGCAAUGACGUCCUCCCUGGCACACCACCACCACCCGCUACAUCCGCACCACUGGGCGGCGGCCUUCCACCAUCUCCCCGCAGCCCUGCUCCAACCCAACGGACUCCACGCCUCGGAGUCAACGCCUUGUCGCCUCUCCACAACUUCAGAAGUGCCUCCUGCCCAUGGCUCUGCUCUCCUUACGGCCACGUUUGCCCACGCAGAUUCUGCCCUUCGGAUGCCGUCGACGGGCAGCGUUGCCCCAUGCGUGCCACCCCUCUCCACUUCUCUCUUGUCCCUCUCAGCUACUGUUCAUGCGGCUGCCGCAGCAGCCACCGCAGCGGCUCACAGCUUCCCACUGUCUUUCACAGGGGCCUUCCCCAUGCUCCCUCCAAACGCAGCUGCAGCAGUGGCAGCCGCCACAGCCAUCAGUCCGCCUCUAUCAGUAUCAGCCACAUCCAGUCCCCAGCAGUCAAGCAGUGGAACAAACAGUAAACCUUACCGACCCUGGGGGACAGAAGUGGGCGCUUUUUAAGUUUUCACUGAACUUCUUGCAAUAGUAACCGAAUGUCCUUCAUUUCAGAGUCAGCUUAAAACCUCUCUGCACCCUGAAGGUAGCCAUACAGAUGUCUACAGAUCCACAAAGGAACAAUAAAGCUAUUUGAGACACAAACCUCACAACUUGGAGAUGUGGUAUUAUCUUCUUUUUUAUUUUUUUAAGGCAGCUUGGUUACUGACAUCAGCAACUUUUGAAAACUUCACACUUGUUUCCGUUUAGAAUUUUCCUGGAAGAUGUAUAGACUGUACCAUCCAACAGUGCAUCAGUAUGUAUCAGAAUUAGAGAAGAAAAAUGCCCUUUCUGAAUUCUCUUGAAACUAGAUGGAAAAAAAAUAUUUGUGUUUCAUAAGUGCCUGAGCUAGUAAAGUUUUUUUUCCUAAACAUGACAUUGCACAAAUAAAGAAGUGCAUAGUGGUUAGAUUAAAAAAGGAAAGGGGCAGAAGUCUUCGGUUAGGCUGCAGAUGUACAAUUCCAGACAAAAGUACUCUUUUGAAACCAACAGGUUUUGAUUGGCCAAAAGGAUUGCCGAAAAUAAUUUUCAAAUUUAAAGACCUAACUUUAUCUUAAUUUGCUUUCUUCUUACAGACUUGCCAAGUGGUGAUAUUCAGUAACGCAUAAGCAAUUAUUUCAUCAGUGCUCAGAUUAACAAGUAUUUCUGCCCUGCCUGUAAACCCCCAGGCACUUUUUUUUUUCAUGGCUCAAAAUAUGGUGCUUCUUUAUAUAAACUACACAUUUAGAGAAUGCACCUAGGAACACUUGCCCACAGAGGCUGUUUGAUUCAUGCCAACCUGAAAACUCCAGUUUGUAAAAGAUUAAUAUAUUCAGUUUUAUUUGGACUAUUUUUACAUACGUAUCCUCUUCAUUUUGUCCUGAUAAUGAGUACUAUCUAUUUUUGUCACCUUUUUGGAAGAAGUUCCAUUUCUGGAGGUGAUGAGACAGGGAGAGAGCAUUGGAAAGAGAAGAAUCACGAUUUUUAAAAGCUCUUUGUCAAGCUCACAAUUGCCUUUGACCCUAAAUCAAGAUGAAUGUAUGCAAUGGGAUGUAUAUAAGUUAUUUUUGUCCAUGCCUAGACUAGUGCUACAUAAAAGUGUUUUGGUUUUGUUUUGUUAAUUUGUUUAAUGACAAAAUAAUCUCUUAAUACAUUGAAAGUAAGCACGGAGAUUUUGUUUGAAAGGUAAUGACACAGCAUGUAUUGUUAUGCACUUCAUUUCUCUGCUGUGUGGAGAAAGCAAUAAACAUGAAAAUGUUAAACAUUAUGCAAAAUUAUACUUUUAAAUAUUUGUUUUAAAAUUACUGUACCUAGUCUUUUUUGCAUUAUUUUGUAACCUUUUCUAUGCAAAAGUCUACAUAACGCUAAUUAAAUGAAGUCCUUCUUGACUA